AUGCUACUAAUUUUGUUUAUCUUCUUCUACUGCGAGUUCUUCUGCUACAAGCUCCUCUCGCACGUUUCCUGGCCGAGGAUACCCGAGAUAAAUCCCAAGGCAGUGAGGAUGCUACUUGUCAGUGACCCGCAAUUACCCGGGCAUAUGAGUAAUCCCACUUCUAUCACCGCCGCCAUUUCUAGAUCCGACAUCGAUCGUUACAUCAAGUCUACAUACCACGAAGCUCUCCACUACACACAGCCUGAUGUAAUCAUCUUCCUUGGAGAUCUACUCGACGAAGGAAGCGUAGCUGGAGAACACGAAUUCAAGUCGUACGUCAAAAGAUUUUAUAAUGUGUUUGAUAUCAAAAAACAUCACGAAGAAAGACAUCACAUAUUUGUCCCUGGAGAUAAUGACAUUGGCGGUGAAGGGUGGGACCGAGCGACUCCAGAAAAGAUCGAACGUUUCGAGUACGCGUUCCAUGCACCGAUCGAGGACGAAGAAGUGUUCAAAUUCAUCACAUUUGACAAGGCGAAUAUCAUGCCAGGUGCGAAAUCGCAACUCAAGCACGCCCAGCCGCAGAACCGAGGCGAGGCUUAUCAGCAAACCGUCAAAAUUCUUCUAUCGCAUUUUCCUCUAACGGAACCAGAUGCUCGCCGACCUCAGGGCGACGAAAUCGUUCGAAAUUUCUCGCCGAAUCUUAUCUUUUCUGGCCACGAGCAUCAGAGUUUCUUCCUACACGAUGGAAACAAGCAGAAGUUCGAAAUGCAGAAAGGCUACGUCAAUUUGAAUAUUCUUGACCAUCAAUCAGAGAAAGAAAUGGUCCUGCCAAGUUGUAACUAUAAAAUGGGAGCAGCUGGUUUUGGCUUUGCUGUUUUGGAACAAAACGGAGCAAUGUUUUAUUCAAUUCUUUGGCUUCCUCCAAGAUCAAAAGUUCUCCUGAUGUAUUUGAUCUUUAUUCCAGUCAUUCUCGUCCUCAUAAAUUUGGAUAAAACAUUCCGGAACCAGAGCUUCUUCAGCUGGCUAAUGGAAGGCGCAAUUGAAGCCAAAGAUGAAAUAACGAAAAAAUCAGUGUUCACGAAACGAGCACAACGCAAAUUCCGAGACUAG